CGAUGCUGGCGGAAUUGUGGCGUUUGUUCUAUCCCCGGAGCCCCUCGUGGGCGCUGGGCCUGUGGAUCUUCGUGUUUGCAACCCUCAUCAAACUCAUGCUGGUGCCGUGCUAGUAAGAAGAGACUGAGAGAUCAACAGCAGGCAGACCAUCAUCUUGCUGGUAUUUGUAUGAGUAUCACGGGCACACAGACGAGUGUUACGGUUAAUGACAGUUUCCCCCCCUCAUCUUGCUGGUAUCUUCUCAUGUGUGUGUGCCCCGUCUGUCUGCAGCCACAGCACGGACUUCGAGGUGCAUCGCAACUGGAUGGCCAUCACCUACUCCCUGCCCUUGAGGCAGUGGUACACAGAGGUCAGUGAAGGAGUGAAUGAGGACGCCGCACAUGCGCUGAGUUGCUAUAUGAAUGCACCCAUGACAGUCACGUGGAUGCGUUGCGUUCAUUCUGUGUUCUCAGGCGACCUCUCCGUGGACGCUGGACUACCCCCCUGCUUUCGCAUACUUUGAGUGGAUUCUGGCCGGGGCCGCCCAGUUCAUAGACGCCAAGAUGCUCGAGGUGCGUGAACCAGCCAGCCAAAAGAAGAUGACCGGCCGCAUUACGCGUGCAGACAGACAGACAGACAGACAGACAGACGUGUGUGGUUCAUUUCUCCUGUCAUGCAGGUGUCGAAUCUUGACUAUGCGAGUGACGGGACGGUGUGGUUCCAGCGGCUGUCGGUCAUGGCCACUGACGCCCUCCUGCUUUGGGGCGUCAUCAGGUAGGUCAGAACAUCAUAUAGGAAGACAAGACAGACACCGGCACGCGACCCUCUCUCCGUGGGUGUGCAGUCUGGUGGACGUGCUGACCGGCCGAGCAGAGGAUGAGCAUGGCACCGGCAGCGGCGGUAGCAGUGCGUGUGUGGCGCCGGCUGAUGGCGACCAGAGCAGCGACACCAGGUCGACAAUCGACGGCAUCGAUGACAAGAAGCUGCGCCGCGAUCGCAACUAUGCCGUCAUCGGCGGACUCAUCUCGUGUGUCCUCAACCCAGGACUCCUCAUUGUCGACCGUACGCAUUUUGGGCACCAAGAGAUCGACGCUGGUGCGGAUGGUCUCAUGGGGGGGUUUCUCUGCUUGGGUUUGUUGUUUGUGUAGAUGUCCAUUUCCAGUACAACGGGAUGAUGCUGGGUGUGCUGCUGCUCUCCAUGGCGCAAAUAAUGAGGGUCCGGACUGACUGACUGAAUAUCACUGACUGACGCUGGGCUGGCUCACUAUUGAUAUGUAUGACAUAUAUGACUGAAUGACCCGUACGUACACACGUGCAGUGCAUGCCCACCCCAAACUCCAAUCGCACCCCUCCCUCCCCUCCCCUCCCCUGUGUGCCUUCUCCUGUGUCCUGUGUGCAGGGUCGCGUGUUGGUCGGCUCGGCCCUGUUUGCGCUGCUGCUGAUAAUGAAGCACAUCUUCCUCUACAUUGCCCCGGUCUACUUCGUGUUUCUGCUGCGCACAUACUGCCUCAUGCAGCUCUCACCCAGGGACAUCAUGGCCUGGUAAGUGAUAGAGUGAGUGCAGGGCCACACGCCUGCCGCCGCACCUUGCCAGCCAUUGAUCUCCUUCCUUUCUGUCCGUCAGCUCGUGUGGGAGAGAUGACUCCAUGAGAGUCGCGAGAAGCCGCAAAGACACCGACAGGAGGGCAUUCAUGGUUCGGUUCUGGUCCCUCGGUGCAGUGGUCCUCGCUGUGGUCGCUGCCGCACUCCUGCCCAUCCUCCUCACAGGUACACCAACCAACCACUCACACUUGUGCAAGUCACACCCAUCGUGCCGUUUGGUCUGUGCGGUCUCGCCGCCAGGUCAGCUGGGGGCUCUCAUCGGUCGGCUCUUCCCCUUCGGCAGGGGCCUGACCCACGCCUACUGGGCCCCCAACCUGUGGGCCCUCUACAACGCCACUGACAGGGGCAUGUACCAGGUGCUGAGUGUGGCCGGGCGGCUGCUGGGUCGGGGGCUGGUCAGCAAGGGUGCCGGGGGGGCCAUCGCGGGCCUGGCUGAGGUGUAUGAGAUGGCCGUGCUGCCCAACGUCCCGCCAAAGGCAACUUUUGCCCUCACCCUUAUGCUCUAUCUGGUAAUGACAGAACCAGCACACACACAGGUUUCCACGUUUCCUCCGGGUCGUUCGUUUACUUCAGCCCUUGCUGUGUCGACUGUGGUCCACGGGCAAUCCCCGGUAUCUGCCUCUGUAUGUGGCGCUCGGCUCGUGGGUGUCCUUCCUGGCCGGCUGGCACGUGCACGAGAAGGCCAUACUCAUGACCACCAUUCCCCUGGGGUACACAAAUCGAUGCACUCACUCGCUGACGGCACACACCUGUCUUCACGCAUAUAUCUUCUCAGGUCGUGUGUGUGGGCGUACGGCCUUGGCAGCGUGCCCCCAUGCUCCUCAGAGCACCACUUCGAGCUGUCCUUCUGGCUGACCAGCCUGCCGCCCCUGCUGGUCGUCACCAACCUCUUCGCCAACUUCUCGCUCAUGCCACUCCUGCCACACCCCACCGAGACCCCAAUCAAGUGGUGCCUGCUCGCCUUGCUGACUCUGGUGGAGGUGACCUUCGCACGGGUGGUUCUCUACGGCGAUGCGCCGUCACCAUUGGAGAGGUUUCAGCUUUAUCUUGGAUCUAUCAAGAGGAAGGGCGGUGCAGCAGAGGAGAGGGAGGGGGAAGGGGAAGGGGAGAGCGAGGAGCAGCAGACGAAGCGGCGGCAGCAGCAGCAGGAGCAGGAGCCUGCUGGUGCUGGUGAGGCGUGCUACCACCUGACACCUUUGCCAUCGCCGUUGAUGGUCACUGUGAUCGAGAUGAUCCCGCCUCUCCCUCCACACAAGGCGGCGCUCCCGCCCUUGCCUCCCUGGCCGUCAUCCCCCCCUCCGUCGAUGAGAGGAGUUGAGAUGGUGCGAAAAGAGGUCACAUAUCGGCGCGUGUCGUGGCUUGCGGGCGCGUUUAUAUGGAUCGGCAGCUGUGUCGGUGUGCCUUUGCUGGGCUUCUGGCAGUCCGGGGGCCAUCAGCUGGUGUUCGGUGCGCGUCUGGCGUUCCUGCCGCUGCUGCUGAUGUCUGUGUUUUGUGCGGUGAGUCUGUUGUGUUUGUUUUCGUGUUGGAUGAGUGUGGUGACUGCGUUAGUGGCGUACCAGCAGCUGACAUUGAGCAGGGGAGGGGGGGAGGGGGAGGGGGAUAGAGAUGCGCAGGAGCUGCGUGGCCGGGCGCAGCGUGAUGGCAGGAAGGGCAGGACCAAGUGACACUUGUGACACAAUUCCCGUGUGUGAUCCUUGUCCCACACGCACCACUAAU